AGACAAAUAAUCAAAUAAUUAUAAUAAGUUAUUGACUCAUUAUUUAUUUACGUUCUGAGAAGUAGGUUCAAUUAAAAGUUUUUGAUUAACUAUUAUAUAAUCUAAUUAUCAUUAAUUUAUCUAAGGAAUAAUUAUACGCAACAUUUUAGGGGGUGUUAGUGUGCAAAAUAAACUACAGAAAGAAAAAUGAAAUGUCUCUAGAUCCCCCCUUCCGAGAUGAAAGGAAAUACAUGCACAGCAGCAAGUGCAGUAAAAAUGUACUAAAUCCGUUUUUCUAACGCACAUGUGAACACUACUCAAGACCGAACCGCUCUUUUUUUAAAGAGAAAAAAAAGUUUCAAACAAGCGCAACAGUAAGAAAAUAUCGGGCUUGGCGGGAAAAGAAAGAGAAAAAAAUAAUAAUAAUUCUAUCCCCAUCCCGAAUGGUAUCAACCGCAAAAACUCUCCGUAAAGAACCGACAGCUGUAGCCAUAGCGCCAAACUUGGCGCAAGGUCGUUCAUCGCCAAGGUAACCAAACGAAAGCAACAUCAUGCGGCUGUUCAAAAAAUCAUCCGUCUCCCCUCCUCAGUUGCUGCGCCUGUCUGUGUUGGAGGAAGGGGGUGAGGCGAAUCCGUCAACAGCCGCACCAGGACUGAGAUUGUCCCUGCCGAGCUGUUUCAGCGAGUGUAACAUAGAUGAACUCAUGGCUUACACGGAAACUCCAAAAUCUCGAAGAGGUUUCCCGUUUCCGUGGUUAAACAGGAAGCACAAUGCGCCUAAAAAGUAUGCAGUCAACCCCAGUCAUAUCGACACGGACGAGUCUGGUUCGACGUUGAUACGUUCUGCUGUGUCUCAGCUGUCCCUGAAUGACUAUUCUUCGCAUCACCAGUGGCCGAAAACUUUCAAAACUUUUCGCAAAUCUCCGCAACCGCCGAGUCAUCACCAUCCUUCACGAUUCCAUUACCACGACGAAAUUCCAUACAACAGCGAAGCUUUCCCAAGCAGCGAAUCUCUGAACAACAACAAUUAUUUAAACAACAACAAUGUGAUCUCGAGCGAUCCGAAUAGCAUGAUGUACCGCAGUGUGUCUACUUCGGCUCUCUUCGACGAUCCCAAACAACUUUUCAAAAGUGUGGAAAUAGACGUCACGUCUAACAAUAACAACAAUGUGCCAACUUUCUCGGAACCCCCAUCUCCUCUCGAGUGUUUUCUGAUGCCCCUGAAAACGACUUCGAGUUGCGAAGAGUUAAUCGAUCCGCACGAGGAUGGGGCGCCAGAGGGCGGUAGUUGCGGCCAAAAAGCCGCAGUUUCGCAGCAGCUAGGCACUGUGCUGGAGGAGGAAGUGUUCUUAGACAGGGGAGUGCCGGCAGACUUUGAUCGGCACCCAUCCAACGCAAACGGUGAUACAGAGAGUUUGGCCAGCUCCAUCCAGCACAGGUCUGACGAGUCCGGCUAUGAGAGCGAUGGCACCAAAAACAGCAAUGACGAAAAUGCUGUGGCCAUCCAAGACUCUCUGGGAACAUUAAAGAAACCAACCGCCUUAUCUAAAGAAUGUAAUUCUUUGGAUACAAACGUUCAAAAGUUCACCGCCCUCUUCCACAGACUGACAAGUGGACAUACGAGUGUGGACUCUAAAAAAGAUGAUCCAAAUACCUUCAGUAACAAUAAUAAGACAUCUUCCAAAUCUUACGAAGCACGAAGUCUUCGAUUACGGACACCUACAAUGCUAUCGAAUUUCGUCCAAAGGCAUACUAGUAAAGAUCAUACACCAUCAUCUACACCAUCUGGGACGAAAACGACGAAGGUUCUGCCUUCGACGAAAUCGUCCUCUGAGGACACCAAGAAAGAAAAUCGCAAUGGUGCGUCCAGACUAGGUCAGUUUAAAGCAUGGACAUUAGACAGAAAGAUGCUGCGAAGCAGAUGGAAGAAAACGGCUCUUCCUGAGGAUAAAUUGGACAUUAAUGUUUCCACUCGUCGAAGUAGUAUCUUCCAGUCAUCUUUGUUCCCUAAUUCCGUAGAAGAUUCACCAAUCACUCCCCAUCAGUUAGAAACAAAAUCUCUACCGUCAUUAUCAUCAGUUAGCAGUAGUAGUAGUGAACUGUUAUGCGAUUCGCCAAUAACUAAUGACAGUCCUCUAUCAAACUGUGGCGGUUUAAAUUAUCAAAUUCGAUUGAAAAAAGCAGGUUACAAAAGUGCUUCAACGACAAACAACGCGCGAAGGAGACUGUGGUUGCAAUCGCAACUUUCGACCUCGGACAGCGAAGAUAUUCUUUCUCCGGAAUCUGUAAGUUCAAAUAAAAGUUUUGUUACAACGCCAACCUGUAGUAAAGACCUCCCGCGCCGAUUACCCUCCCAGCUAGACAUGCACGAACUCAUAUCUGUCGAUCUCCAAAAGGAUGAGCACGGUGAGCUAGGUAUAUACAUCACAGGAUGUACAGAUGCCGAGAAGAAUGUGCUUGGCUACAUUAUUAUGGACUUGGAGAGAGAUGGACCUGCCGAAAAGAGCGGCAAGUUACUAAGAGGUGAUGAACUGCUGAUUGUGAAUGGUCAGCAGCUUCAGGGAGUUGGCUUAGAAGAAGCACGGCGACUACUACGAGUACCUGAAUCAGAAAUGCAUUUAUUACUAGCAAGAGAGCUUCCUGAAGACCUUUGUUUUAAAGAUGAUGCUUCAAGGCUUCAAAAUACUUUGCCACCUGUGCCAGAAUUACAUGAAUCAAAUGUACAGACAUCGAAUGUAUCCAGGUUAAGGCACUGGCAAACAGAUGUUUCCAAAUACUCUAAAAGUGAUAACAGACUUUCUCAUCCAGAUUUACCGCCAAAAUCAGGGAUAGAUAAUGAGCGGAUGGGAAGCAAUGGCAUUUGUACUCUUCCAAGGCGUCCCAAAUCCUCUCAAUUAUCCUUACAUACAGUAGUCUUUGAAAAAGGUCCUGGUCGGAAAAGUCUUGGCUUUAGUAUUGUUGGAGGCAAAGAUUCACCAAAAGGAGAACUUGGCUUUUAUGUCAAGACUAUAUUUGUCAAUGGACAAGCUGCCGAAACUGGUAGUCUCAAAGAAGGAGAUGAAAUUUAUACUCUAAAUGGUCAACCAUUACAAGGUCUCUCCCAUUCUGAAGCAAUUGCAGCUUUUAAGAAAAUCAAACAAGGUCCAGUAGUUUUACAUAUUGGAAGACGUACCAACAAAAAAAGUACAUCCUCCUCUGAGUCAAGUAGCAAGUUAGAAAGCAGCAAUUCUAAGUCAUGUAGUACGCUAGACAAUAUCUAGCCAAUGCUCUGUGCCUUUUAGUUUAUUAGUGACUUUUUGCAAUUUUGUAGUUUUACAUUCUGUUAUUUCAAAUGAAGUAUGCUUUGUAAAUAAAUUAUAUACAUCAAACAUUA